AUUGCAUCUUGAGCCCAACUAAAUGGCAAGUCUCCGACUGGCUCUUCCUUACAAUACCAAUUUGAAUGAGUCGUUAUGGAAUGACCAAUCAUACAGGAUUCUUGUUACGCCAAUCUACCUUCAAAAAUGUGUUGCUAAAUGAAGAGCAAUAUCGGCGUUGCGAUCCUGAGCACGGAGAUAGUGGAACGUAUAUGUGGGUAUCUACACGGCUCAGGACCUCGGAGCUAUGCAUAUCAAUGUCAUCCCAUAUGCUAUUGCUCGUCUCAGGAUCAGAAACCUGAAGGCUUUAUUAAGUCACUCGAUUACCACUUUCCGGCGUAGAUGGUCUGGUAUAGUCCAGCACCAAGGAGACCAAGCUGUCGCCGCUAGGAUAUCUUCGGGAACUAAAGGGCCCUUCGUCCCCUCAGCAGAGCAGCAAGCUAUUGUAGAGCUGUCUCGUAUACAGAAUGUCGUCGUUUCUGCGAGGCCCGGCGCGGGGAAGACAGCCACAGCCGAGGCUAUCGUCCGUGCUAACCCAGGCUUGGCCGUGGCAGUCGUCACAUAUUCGAAACGACUUCAGCUUGAGACAGCUCGUCGUCUAAAGGGUUAUGAAAUGUGUGAUGUAUAUACGUUUCAUGGAAUGGCGGGCAAACUCUUUACGGAUGUGGUCUACAACGAUAUUAGACUACAGGAGCUCCGAAAAGAGGGCAGGGGGCCGGUUUGGACCGGCAGGCCGUACGAUAUCAUCAUUCUAGAUGAGCUACAGGACUGUACCGAGAAUCUUUACUGGCUAGCGAGCACUUUCAUCUUAUCUGUAACACAUGCCGCUGGAGGGUGUGCCCCUCGAAUCGUAGCUCUCGGAGACGAACGGCAGGCUAUAUACGAUUUUCGAGGGGCCGAUCCCCGCUUCCUUAGUCUUUCGCCGUCCAUCUUGUCCACCCUCUCUCCCUAUAAAUGGACACAUUUGCCACUUAGUAAGAGUUUCAGGCUCUCCCAUGAAACGGCACGUUUCAUCAACGAAGUCUUUCUUGGCGGCGGAGAGCACAUAACAGGCUCGCAUAACGGGCCGGAGCCCAUGUACAUGCACGAGAAUCUUUUAAACGUCCGCAGAGUUGCCGAGAAGUUGUUACCGUUGAUUGAGCAGUACGGAGCAGACAAGACGGCUGUUCUUGCGCCUUCUCUUCGUGCCAACGCCCCGCUCGCUUCCUUGACGAAUUUGCUGUCUGAGCGAUAUGGAAUGCCUGUUGCGGUUUCGGUAUCAGACGAUGUACAACUAGACGACGACGUAAUAGACAAGAAAGUCUGCGCAUCUACCUACCACCAAUUCAAGGGAAAUGAGCGAGAUCUUGUGAUUGUAUACGGGGCAGAUAACAGCUAUUUCAAUUUUAUGGGGAGAGACCUACCGGACGACAGAUGUCCGAAUGCUACUUACGUCGCUAUUACGCGCGCUCGUAAGCAACUUGUUAUCUUACAUGACCGUAGCAACCAGCCUAUGCCAUUCAUAAGUCUCCCCAAACUUGGGAAGACUGCCACGCUCAUUUCGACCGAGAGCAUGAAACGACAACCUAAAGCUGGCCGUCCCUUAAAACUCGGCUUGCUUCUACCCAAAAAUGUUUGGGUCUCUGAUAUGGCACGUCACGUCCGCGACGAGCUGCUCGAAUCUAUCAUCAAUAGCCACGUCGAUAUUACACGACUCUCACCUCGCCUGCCGGAAUCUCAGCACAUUCGCGCCCCGGAUAAGGUCCUCACGGACCCCGCCAAGAUGAUGUACGAAGCCGUGAGCGACCUCAACGGGAUCGCCGUCGUCGCUGCGUACGAGUACGCCCUACGACGCAAGCUUACCGGUCUCGGAUACAAAAAGAGAAAGACGGUGGAAAUCAACCGGGACGAAGCAGCCUGGUUCUGCCGAGCGGCAUGCGAGCGCGACGCCGAGAUAACCGGAUACCGAUCGCGGCUAGUGCAGAUGAGGGGGCACAAGUUCGACUGGCUCGACACCUACCUCGACGCGGCGGUACGCCGGCUCGGGGCGCAGUUCGACGGGGCCGGGGCGUCGGAGAGCCUCGAGUUCGAGAGCCGGCUACGCGACAACGAAUUCGCGGUCCCGGACGGGGCGGGCGGCGCGCAGGAGACGAAGCUGCUGGGGCGCGCGGACAUCGUCAUGUACGAGGCGGGCAGCCGGGCCGCGGACGCCGCGAUAUGGGAGAUCAAGUUCGUGGCGCGGCUGUCGCUCGAGCACGUCGUGCAGGCGUGCGCGUACGCGUACCUCUGGGCGCGCAAGCACGCGCUGCCGGCGCUGCCGCGCGUCGUCCUUUUUAAUUUGCGCGACGGCGAGCGCUGGGAGAUCACCUCGCCCGCCGACGUCGCCGGCGUCAAAGGCCUGCUUCGGGACGUCCUGCGCGCCAAGUACUCCACCGAAGGCAAGAUCUCGACGGACGCGUUCUUGGAAUCCUGUCGGAGCGUGCGCGAUGAGGUCGCUGGGAUGUGGUGAUUUGCGCGGAUCUCUUACCAAUCGAUAGGUACCUAGUGUCCUACGAUUUCUAAGCUUACAGGGGUCCUUGUGCUAAAAUUUAGUGGGUUGCCGCUGCGGCUAAGGACGCUGAGCCACUGAAAAUCCCGCCUUACAGUGCAGGGCCUG